AUGGCAGAAGAACUGAAUGUGCAUGAGCUUGCGGAUCUGCUUGGGGAUGAUGCACUGCUCGACAUGACAGCGCCGUCUGAUGUUCCACAGCCUCAAGUUGACGCAGAUGUAGACUCAAACGGGAACCAAGAGACAAAAGAGAAGCGUAAAAAGAAGAAGAAGCGACCACGUCACACUCCAAAGGAAAGCAAACGGUCUGGGAAGGAGGAAGGUAACAGCGAUGGUGAUGAUGAUGAUGAUGAUGAUGGCGACGAUGAGACCCCGAGGAAGCGUUCCAGGUACGUCAUUGACGCGGCAGAGAGUGGCGAUUCGGACUCCGACGAUGACGGCUUUAUUGCUGGCAGCGACGAGGAGGACGAGGGAGAAAGGUAUGAUGGCGACCUGCCAACAUACGAGCCACGCAAAGCGCACAUAUUCCGUGAGGGGGAGGAAAACAUGACGAGCGAGGAGUUGGCACGCGCCAUUGAGGAGCGGCACCGCGCCAGCAAGCGGAAUGAGGGACAGACCGAGGCGCUUUUAUCAGCAGGCCUCGGCAAGGGAAAGCUAUCGUCACUACGGUUUGCUGCGCAUCUGCUGCCGCAAGAGACCGACCCGAAGGUGUUCGCCGUGAAGUGCCGCCCACGAAUGGCGCGCCUGCUUGUGGCGCGUGUCGUCAACAAGUGCUACGCAUACCGCAUCGGGCGGAACUUUGAGCGAAGGAAGGUGGACUUGGGUAUCAUUUCUGUGUUUUGUCUCGACCAUGUGAAGGAGUACAUCUAUGUCGAGGCACACCGUAAGGUAUUUGUUGAGAACGCCCUUAAUGGGUUGCAUGGAUUAUUCCGCUACAACAUUACCCUUGUGAAUCCGUCCGAGCUGAUGCAAAUGAUGGAGCAGCGACCUUCUACCGAGAAACUGCGCGUCGGUGCUUUUGUGCGACUGCGCCAGCGUCACUACCGCCUCGAUCUCGCGCAGGUGGUGAAGGUGGAUCCAAGCGGCCGCCACGUGACUGUGAAAGUAGUGCCGCGCGAGGACUUCGUUGGCAAGCCCUUCAACAAGCCCGAGGUGCGUCUGCCGCCACGCUUCUUCACCCCCAGUCUCGCGGCGUACGUGCAGGACCGCGGUGACCACUACCGCUGGGGAGACUUGACGUUCGAUACGGACGGCUACCUCCUCAAGACCGUCUCCACCCGUAUGGUGAUCAACGGACCGCAAAUGGAGAAGCCGCGCGUGGAGGAGCUCGCGGUGUUCUACAACAGCGACCGUGACCGCGUGCGUGAAGCUGUCCAGCGGCUUAACUCUGGUGGACGCCAGGGGGCGGACCUGCGCAUUGGCGAUACGGUACGGGUUGUGUCGGGCCAGCUGCGCGAGACAGUGGGUACCAUUGAAAACAUCUUCCUAGAUACCAACACCGUGGCUUUGUCAUGCAGAGUGCCAGAGAGGAAGGAGCCGAUUAAGCUUCGUGUCGAGCUCGCCGCUUGCGUGAAACACUUUGCGGAGGGCACACACGUCAUUGUCGACAGCGGCGAACAUGCCGGUGAGAGCGGCACGGUGGUAAAGGCAGCGGGUGAUAUUGUGUACAUCUUCUCCGAUCGUGCCACCGCCUCACGUGAGUUGGCGGUGCAAGCCAGUGAAUGCCACCAAAGCAACCUGGUCGGUUCGUUCGGCCACACAUCGGGUUCUUGGAGGCUCUUUGAUUUAGUGAUGCUGGCUGACACUGCGUCCGUGGCGUGUAUUGUGCGUCUUAACCGCACUGACGUGUGUGUAUUGACAGAUCGCGGAGAGACUCGGUACUUGUCGCCGAUGCAGAUCAAGGCUGCGAUCACUGGUUCGCGCCAAACAACUGAUCGACUGAGCAACAUCAUCACACGUGGGAUGGAGGUGAUCAUACAGUCCGGCCCCAACACACCGUACCACCUCAUCGGGCAGACAGGACGCGUGGAGCAAUUAUUCAGUGGAACUCUUUUCGUCCGCGUCCGUAGCGUGAAGGAGAACGCGGGAUUGGUGGUCCUUAAUGCGAACUCGGUCCAGCUGAUUGGAGGCCGUACUACCACGAAACAGAUUCAACCACCCAGACAACUUCCGAUGGCGCAGCGCCGCCCGCACAAUGCUACAAUGGCUGAUGUGUCUGUGCCGAACCCACGCAUGACGUCGGAGGAAUGGACGAGCAACUCGGAAUGGUACGAAAUGGAUACAAAUUGA